GCACCUUUUCGUCGUCUAGCCAGAAAACAGAGUUUUGUCUCGCUGCUGCUUAACAGAAGCAUUCUGUUUAAAUUGCUCGGCCUUCUUUUUGUGUCACUUCCUCCGUGGCCGUCAACGGUUGUGCUUGAUAGUUUGGGAUUUCUGCGCUGUCGUGAGAGCAAAACUCUCUCAUCACACGUCGGGAGCUGGCCAACAUUCUUUUCCAUGGAAUUUGCGCAUAGCCGUAAAGGGAAAUGUGGAGUAGUUUCCUCGGCCAAAUACAGCAGCGCAUCGAUGACGCUGCUGACCUUCUGGGUGACGAGGAGGGCGAGGAGGUAGAGAUUGAGGAGAAGAGCCUUCACCAAUACGCACCAAGCCAACCGCAAUCAGAGCUGCCAGGGAGCUCUUCAGUGACACAAGACUCUAGUAACAAUAAGCCUCUCGCCGCAAAUAAUGCAGCCGUCCACGGCGACGCACAAGGCUGGGAAGAGGAAGAGGAUUUAGACGACGUCAUCUCGUCGACCACAGCAGCGACUUCUCUUUCAGCUCCGCCUCCCGUCAUGACGAAGUCGACGGAAGAGCCAGAAGCUUCUGCACAAGCCUCAAAUGCGAUACCAACAGCUGCUCCUGAUUCGGCUCUGUCCCGCAGGACUUCCUCGGUCACAGAGGAAAUUCACGAAGGCAUACAAGAGAGAGAGGCCGGCGCUGAAGCGUUUGUGGACACCUCUUGUUCGUCGUGCGUGAGCUCCCAAGCAACCCCGGUUCCGGUGCCAGAGGUGACUGCUGUUGCGCAGCUCGCGACCCCACCUGCGCUACCAACUGUCGGCAAUUCAACCGCGUUGCCACCCAGCGCCGCCGCAGAGGAACACGGUGCAAACUCUUCCAUUCUUCGCGACUCCGCAGACACCCCUCCUCUCACUUCUACCGCAGUAUCCACCUCUUUUGUUAAAGGCUCUACAGAACUCGAGGGGAACGAAAAUUCUGAGAAGUCCGAAAAAGCUGAAGAAGCUGAAGAGCGUGCUGAACCGGCAGAGGACGUGACAGCCUUUGUCAUUCAAAGCGCAUCGAGUCCGGCAAAGCUUACUGUCGGGGAACAGCAAUCGAGACCAUCUGGCGAAGCUGCUCCAAGGUGCGACGAAACGCCGUCGCUACCACCAUCAUCAAAGCCGGUGAAAGAUUCUAGCGAUGUGGUACAGUUGCUGCGCUUCCAACAACAACUUGCAGAUGAGAUGGAGACUGUAGCCAGCUUGCAAAAAGAAAACGCGGUGCUGAAAGGGCGAGUGUCUACUGUUGAGGACGAGCUUUCAAGUGCCAAUGCCCGUCUGGCCAAGACAGCUGGAAGUGAAGAGCAGAUAUCUUUACUGAUUGAAAAGCUAGGGAAAGAAAAGGAACGGCACAAGGCCGCCGCAAGCGAGCGAAGCCGGUUGGAGAGGCACGUGCAAGACCUGGAGGAGGAACUGGAGGAGUAUCGAGUGAAAGAGGAAGGGUGGAUUGGCGGAAGCGAGCAGCAGCAGCAAAAUGAAGACGCUGCCCAGCAGCGCAUCACACAGUUGGAAGAAGAAGUGCGUGCUCGAGAGUCGCUGACGGAGGACCUGAAUUCAAAGCUGCGCGACAUUGCGCACCAGAAUAGUGUGUUGCUGCAUCAAGUUGAGGAGCUCAAAGCGUCGUACUCCACCCAGCUGGAUACGGUGCGGGAGUCUAGCUCAGACACGGUGAGCCAUCUCCGCCGCGAGAUUGAGCAGCUGCGCGCUUCGCUGCAAAGCCUCUCCACCGAAUACGACACGCGAACGGCAGAGCUGGAGCGCGCGGUCCAGCAGUCCAGCGUGCGCGCGUACCAGGCUGAGGCGCGCUUUAGCGAAGUGGAGUUCAGCUCCGUUAACACGUUGCAGGAUCUUCGCACCGAACUCGAGGAUUCACAGCGCAGCAUCGCGACCUGGAAGGCCGAGGCGCAAAAGAUGCGAAACGAGUACACGGAGUUGCUCGACCAGUAUGCCUUGCUAAAGCGAUCACGCGCGGCAGCGGAGGUCGACUUGCUUGAGCGACUUUCUGCAGAGUCGGCGACGGUAGCUGAGUUGCGGAAAGGUCUAAGAGAUUCGGACGCUCGAUAUCAAGCAUUGCAGGAGACGCUGCGCACCGUGCAAGCCGAGUCUGAAGAUCAACGGAAGACCAUUAUGCUAUUAGAGACGGCAAAUCAGACACUGAAGGCGUCGACCACUGACAACUUCCCCCAUGUGCAAAGCGAGACGGCCGUUAGCAGUCUGACUCCGACGAAAGGGUCGUCCUUGGAGACGUCGUUUUCGGCGUCACCGUUCAGCAGUCGUCCAGCAGGCCGGGCAGCUGCAGCCGCAGUACCUAUGAACCCCUUUGUGAACCGAGAGCGUCCCGUGUGGAGUGACACCGCUGACCGCAAGACUCGAGAGCGGUUAGAACAGGAGGUACUGCGACAGUCGACGGAACUGGAGCGACUCCGGCAGGAGGGGAGCGAAAACGCACAGUGGAGGAGCAAGUUCCUUCAGCUCCAGACAGAGCAUGAUCUACUGCUUCAGCUGUACGGCAAGUUGGAGGACAACAUGAACGCGCUCAAGAGCAAAGCUGCAGAAGCUGCACCUGUGCCACCACCGGGAACUCUUGUGGGCUCCUCAGCGCCAUCGCUUUAA